AGAUACUAAAUUUGGGGGCGGCAAUGUAGGAAAGUAUUUUCCUUUAGUUUCACUUUAAUAUUUUACCAAUAGAGGGCGCAUAUCUUUUCAUCUUACUGAUACCUAUACACCUUCCCUUUAAGACACUGCGUUUUAUACACCACACGCGCUGGGUUAGAGUGAGCAUCCGAACUUUGAAGUUGUGUGCGUUCAUGCAGAAAAACCACACACACACACAUACCCAUCCCAAAUACUUUUGCCUGUAUACCUUUAUGCUCACUAAAGUGGUCUGUAUAAACCCAACUCAUUAAAGCUUUCUUGGAUGUGACUCUCUGAGCCCUUUACUCUCUUACCGGAGUCGCCAGUUUUCAAAGGUCUAUCAGAACAAUCCAGAGGUUUCCACCUCUACAAAUGGUCCUUCGAGCCGGAUGGUAGUAACCUUGAAGACAACAUGCAGUCAGAGAAUGAGAUCACUGAGCCAGUUGUGCGGCCUCAUACUCAGCGGGAGAGACAUCCACCAGCCUACUUAAGUGAUUAUGACGUUGGGUAUGAACCAAGCCACCUUCCAGCUUCCAGGGCAGAUGUCAGCAGUAUGAUGUCAGUGGCUACCAUUCCAGCUGCACAACUAGACGAACUGCCUGUGCCUUGCAGAAUACCUUCAGCACAUUCGUCUGUAAGUUCACGUCACAGCCAAUCCAGAACAAAGACCUGCAGAAGUGGUGGAUCCAGCCGGACAAUAGCUUUACGCCUGACAGAGAUACAGGCAGCUAUUGUAGAGGAGAAACUGAAGAGCAUGGAGCUUGCAGAGAUGCAGAGACAGAUGGUGGAGGAGAGCAAAGCUGAAGAGCAGUGUGAGUUCCUGGAUCAACAAGCACGCCUUGCGCUAUAUGAGAGGGAAGAUUUACUCAGAGAACAGCAGAGGAGAAGCCGUCAGCUAGAUGAAGAGGCUCGUGCAGCACACAAGACCAAAGAACUGAUCACCAAACAGAUCGAAAGACAGCGCCGCAUUAAGCAGAAGGAGAUGGAACUGGAGAAAGCACGUCUCAUCGCAUCACUUCUUCAAGAAACAGAGAAUGAAAAUGCAAAAGCCAUUCCACAAGCCAGAUGUGAACUUGACCCAGGGCAGGUACAGGCCGAUAUACUCUGUGCGCAGAAGGUAGAGGUUGCUCACCACACACCACAUCAGUUAUCUGAUAAUACACAGCACUCUACACCUUACCUACAUCAGAGUAAUCCUGUCACUAUUCAGCCUACAAUUUCACAUUCUGUUCCUGAGUACAUUACAUCUCUCUCUACAUCCAAACCAUUACAAGCAGAACCUGUAACUAUUGUUCCUUCUCCAAUCUAUCCUGUAGCAUCGCUAAGCGUGUCCCCCCAACAGGUAAAAUUGCCUACUGUAGAUGUUUACCCGCCUACAACAGUGCAGCCAUCUUUGUCUUUUGAUAGACAAACCUAUAGUCUAGGGCAGUCAGGUGCCAACCUUACAUCUCGAGCUAAACCAAAUAUGUCUCAAGAUUCAACAAGGACCAGCUAUGCCCAGCAACCUACCCUUUUAGUCCCAGCGGACUCUCAACCUACAAAGACAUGUGAAAGACAACAGUGA